AUGCAAGCCGUUCUGCCCGGACGACCACAAGCGCAGCUUCAGGCCGUGUGCACCGGAGUCUUCGAGGGCCAGACGGUCAUUUCCUACAUCUCUGGAAGCGCCCUGAUCAUCUGCAAUGGACCCGAUUCCCUUCUCCAGACAAUCUACCAUGACGAGCUUCCGCCUGGAUCUGGCCUCGUCGCCGUUUCCUACGACCACCGAAGCGCAAAGAUUGCGACAGCGUCGGCCGACAAUGUUUACAUCUACGUCUUGCGCGAGGAGAUCAAGGGGCAGUUGCGCUGGUUCCUGGACAUGACCUUUGACGUCAGCCGAGAGAAGGACAAAGACACGAGCAAGGAGGAAGGCAGGAUACAAAGUCUGUCUUGGGGCACGGACGAGGAGCUGCUGGUGGCUUCGGACAAGGUCGUCUUGCUGUCGACACAGGACCACUCGACUCGCUGGACUCGCUCGUUGCCGUCGCCCGUGUCGCAUGCCACCUUUUCGCCCUCUGCCGCCCUCUUGGCUACCGCCUCUCACUAUGACCGCCUCGUCAAGGUCUGGCGCCGUCUCUCGUUCGAAUCCGCCAUCUUUGACUACGCCUACCUGCCCCACCCAGACAUUGUCACCCACGUCGAAUGGAGAUCCGACCCGGCCGACGAGGAUGUCCUCUACACAAUCUGCUUAGAUGGACGAUUGCGCGUCUGGAAGACUGGGCUGCCGCGACACACAGACGUGCUUGGCCUCUACGCAGACCUCGACCUGAUGACGGCCGUCCGCCCUCUCGUUCCCUCGAACCGCCGCUACACCUUCCUCGUACCCUCGACCGUCUUCACCGAAGCUGUUGAACACGCCGUCAGCACUCAAACCCUUCCCGCCGAGCGACAUGCCAUCGAGUACAUGAAAGAGCUUGCGAAAAGACACCCAGACAUUGUCGUUGUGACGGACGAUCAAGGACACAUGAGCGCUUGGGGCUUGGAGAAUGUUGGCUGCAAAAAGAGGACAAGCACUUCCGCUCAUGGCGAAUUCUUCCACGCCACUCAUGUCGACAACCUCUUCUUGGACUUCUCAAAGCACGCACACGUCGACGAAGACAACGCCCGCAUCCUCAACUUCCCUCUCCCUGGCCAGCCCGGAGACAUUGCCUUCUUGGUCCACCACUUUGAUGGUCGCCUGCAGUGGUACCAGGGCAAAGUCCACCACGUCUUUGAUCCCUCGCCGCGAAAACAACGUACGCGUAACUUGGCCUCCUGGACUGGCCAUUCGUCCUCGAUCAAGAAGCUCAUUCGCACUGCCGACGGCUCUGCCGUCAUCUCGCGGACUGACACGGACGAGGGAGUCGUCUGGAAACACCGCGGCAACUUCCUGGUCAGAAAGAGCAAGACAAAGUUGCACGAACACAUACACCGCACUGCUCUGCUGAAGAACGGUGACUUCAUUGUGCUUCUGCACCACGAGAGCAUUUCUCUCUGGGACGCUCGUCUGUCAAAUGCAAAAGAGAUUGGUCGCUGCUCAUACUCGGUCUCCGGCAAGCCUCUCUGUCUCCUGCUGCUCCCGGCUCCUGAGGAUGCUGGCCAUCUGUCAUACCUUGCAACCGUCACGGCAGAUAUGCGAGGUCUUGUCUGGGAGCUUGAUCUAGGAGCAUCUGAACCCUCAAUCAAUGAGUUUUGCUCCUUCCAGCUUGAGCAUAUUGAGAACAUGUCCUACUUUCUGCCUGUCGAUCCUGCAGGUAGCUCGCUUGUUGUGUCUGGCCUCUUCGACACCUUCGCUCAAGAUACAGCUGUCUCAUGGACGACCACGGGUAUCUUGCAAACUUGGACAGCCAGAGUCGAUCGCCGAAAGAAGGCUGUGACAUGGCUAAAUAUCUCCACCACCGACACAAGUAUUCAGAAUCCUUCUCUUGGUAGCGGCACUUCGAUCCGGAAAGCUGCGCUUGUUGACAAGUCGCGCUCUACCUUGACCAUCUGGGAUACCAAAAGCAGCCGUCUUGACUACGAAGAAACUUUCCAAAACCAGACAGUCCAGGAUCUCGAUUGGGCUUCAACGCCCGACAAUCAGUCCAUCCUCGCCGUCGGUUUCUCGCAUGCUGUCUUUGUGUAUACCCAGCUUCGCUAUGACUACGUCACCGAGCGGCCUUCAUGGGGUCGCAUCAAGGAAGUCAAUACUCGCGAUCUGUCUCCUCAUCCUAUCGGAGAUUCUGUCUGGCUAAGCUCUGGUAAUCUGGUGAUUGGUGCUGGCAACCAACUCUACCUUACGAGCAACGCAAUUGAUUCUCAACGAGACUUGUCGUCAGAUCUACAAAGCUCAACUUCACACAAAUCAUCUAUACGCAUACAAGACGUCGUUCGCAGACUCAAUGGUCCCUUACCCGUCUUCCAUCCACAAUUCAUCUCCCAGUGCAUUCUUGCUGGCAAGAUGGACAUCGUUCACCGUAUCUUACUUAAUCUCCAGAAGACGCUCAAGUUCUACACUGAGGGCGAUGAUCUUGACUCUUUCCAAGGCCUUGAAAUCGAUGACUUCAUGUCAUCCACUGAGAAGUUCCCAAAUUCCAGUAAGCAAAUGCACAAAUCUUACAGUACCCUCGACAUGCAAGAAGAAUCAACAACUGUCACUGAAGACGUCGCAUCAUCUAUUGUGUCUCUUCUUUCUGAGAAGUCCAUACCACAACUUUCAAGCACCGAGCAACUCAGUCUUGCCGAUAUUGUCGAGUGCGUCGGCAUGGUCGAAAAGCAUCGUCGCUCGAUUGACGCAAACGCCGCCCGCUAUCUACUGUUCUGGAGAGCAACUAUUGUGCGCUCUCGCCAGUCGUCUACCUUGGCAGCUGUGACGUGGCGUGAAAUGCUCUGGGCAUACCACAGUAGCAGUCAAGAUAUCCUUGUCGACAUCGUCACCCGACAGAACAAAGGUCAGAUAACCUGGUCGCAUGCUCGCGACACUGGUAUCUUUGUCUGGCUUACCGACCGGGAAGCAUUGCUCCAGCAGUUUGAGGCUGUCGCUCGGAGCGCAUACACCAGCACCGAGCUUCGUGAUCCAGCCAACUGCUCUCUUCACUAUCUGGCUUUGCGUAAGAAGAACGUCUUGCUUGGUUUGUGGCGCAUGGCUACGUGGUCAAGAGAGCAGGCUGCCACCAUGCGUCUCCUGAAGAAUGACUUCUCCGAUCCGAGAUGGCGCACCGCUGCAAACAAGAAUGCUUACGCACUCAUGGGAAAAAGGCGAUUUGAAUAUGCUGCAGCUUUCUUCCUUCUCGCUGACAAUCUUGAUUCUGCCGUCUCCGUGCUCAACAAUCAGCUUGGCGAUGUGCAGUUGGCCAUUGCUGUUGCUCGUGUUUACGGCGGAGAUGACUCUCCUGCGAUCAAGAAGUUCUUGAACGAGAGACUACUGCCCAGUGCAGCACAAGAUGGGAAUCGUUGCCAGACUACGUGGACGUACUGGAUGCUUGGUGAAAGAUCUCUGGCUGUCCGUGCUCUUGUCAGCCCCUUGCACUCGCUGCUCGUGCCACCUGGCUCUCCUCCAGACUCACUACAGGCCAAGAGUUUCCGCAAUGACGAUCCUGCGCUUGUCGUGCUUUACCAGCAACUACGAGAAAAGAGCCUGCAGACCUUGAGAGGUGCCCUCAUGAUCACAGGUCAGGAAGAGUGGCAGUUCAUCACCAAGACUGCGACACUGCUUCUUCGUAUGGGUUGUGAUAUUCUCGCACUUGAUCUGGUCCGCCACUGGGAGUUCCUGCAGCCUCAUCCUGUAGUUAAGCAAGAAGAGGGUGAGGGUGAAGAGUCUGUGGCAGAAUUACCGCGACGCAAACUCUCCAGGACCAAUACAGCAGAGCGAUUCGACCCAAGAAAGUUACUACGCCGGAGAAGCAGUCUGGUUGUCGCUGACUUGCCAGAAGGAAGACCUGUGCUGUCAUCCGAUAACGCUGCCCCAUCAAUGCUGGAUGGCUGGGGUGCUCCUUUAGCACAAGUCAAACAGACUCCGUCGCUGCUCGACCAGUGGUCGACGCCCGGUUCGUCGACACCCAAAGCUGCACCCUCAAUGUUUGAUCAGUGGGCAACGGCUGAGCUUCCCAAGCAGACCACCAAGCCUGCCCCAUCAAUGCUUGACAGUUGGAGUGCCCCGUCUAAGCCUGUAUCUCGGCCCGCGACUUCUCUUCUCGAUGAAUGGAGCGUGUCCCCUGCCAGUUCGAAGGCCGAGACGAUUGCGGCACCGUCGCUGCUAGAUCAGUGGACGUCACCGACACCGUCUGUAUCAAAGCCAAUUGCCAAACAGCCUGCUUCUAUGCUCGAUGAGUGGGCUACACCUGCUUCCAAGCCUGUGCCCAAGGUCGAAAAAGUCGAACCACCAUCGAUGCUCGACCAGUGGACCACGCCUGCUCCGACUGUUCCUUCAGCUUUAUCUAUAUCACCAGCGCCUGGUCCCGCAGCUGCUGAACCUCCGACAGUGAUGCCAGACAGAGGCACCGGAAAUGAUCACAUGCCCCCUGCUGUUUUCCUCAACAACCCAACAAUGCCAACAUCAAUGCCCAAUUCGGCGGACGAGCUUGAAAAGCAAGUCGAAAGUUAUGAACAAACACCAAGUGACCCGGAAGAGGCGGGAGUAACAUCGCGAGGGAACGUUGUAGUAGAUGGAGCUGAGGAUAACGCGAGAGGAGGCUCCGAGGGAAAGUGCGAGAGCACAGUGGACAAUACAUAUAAGCUGCCGAAAGGAUUGAAGCAGCCUCCGCCAGAAGCUUUCAAAGAGCCUGAUCCGAAUUCUUUACUCGAUGCGUUUGGCUUUUGA